CGAUUAUUGAGUCUAUGGAGUUUCGUGAAGCGUUUGUCACUCACGAUGCUACUGCGCAAUCGUGGUCACUGAUAACGAGAAAUAAGAUUUACCAGCUUCGAAUGUUCAGUGUAAAUUGGAUCGACCGAUCACAUUGCCAUUGUGAAAGAUCUUCGCGCAAUUUUAACCAUUGCGAUAUUCCUGUUAUUAUUGUAUCGCUCACGGAGUACGGAAUAAGAGAGAGAAAUACCGGAAGUUGAUCGAUGAAUGCCUAGAUCCGGAACCUGAUCGAGGAAUUUUUCGUUGGAAACAGAUGAGAGAUUCGUGAUUUGGAGAGAUAGUUAAGAGUAUUUUAAAGAAAUGGCAACCGUUUUAACUACAUUCUCGGUCCUCAAAGAUCAUGUCAAGUGGAAGAUUUCGCAGGACUAUGUGGCCAUUGAUAACUUGGUUUUCAAGAUGCACUAUAGAUUCACGUUUCUGAUACUUUUGAUCGCUACGCUAUUGGUAACAGCUAGAGAAUUUAUCGGAGAACAUAUCAGGUGUAUCGCUGGGCAUGGAAUGAGCGAUGAUGUAGUGAAAGUAAUCAACACUUUCUGCUUUUUCACGUCUACUUACACUGUGACAAAACAUUUGAACAAAACAUCGGUGGAAUUAGGCGAAAUCGCACAUCCUGGCGUGGGACCAGCAACUUCAGAAGACUCCGUGGUACAUCAUGCCUACUACCAGUGGGUGCCCUUCGUUCUGUUUUUUCAGGCGAUCUUCUUUUACGCGCCUCACUACCUGUGGAGGAAUGUUGAAGGAGGCCGUUUGAAAGCGUUGGUUACCGGAUUGCAUACAGCGUCAAUGGCUCUUCGUGAGACAUCUCUGAAAACCGAGAAUGGUAUAAGCAUCAUGUCGAAGGACGAAUGCGACGAGAAAAUACAUCAAAUUCGCCAUGCUUUUCUGAAUCGUAUUCACUUGAAUCGGCCGUGGGCGUAUUAUUUGGGCCUAUGCGAGGUUCUCAAUUUCAUCAACGUUCUUUUGCAAAUAUAUCUGACCGACUGGUUUCUCGGAGGUGCUUUUCUCGGUCUUGGACAAAUGUUGGCACAUUAUGAAUCCGAAGAAGGUCAAGUCGAACCUCUUGACAUCGUAUUUCCUAAGGUAACUAAAUGUAUCUUUCACAAAUACGGUCCAUCAGGAACUAUACAAAAUCACGAUGCUCUGUGCAUCAUGGCAUUGAACAUCAUUAACGAGAAGAUCUAUGUGUUCCUUUGGUAUUGGUACAUCUUUCUCUCUGUGAUAACCGGUUUAGGAUUGCUCUGGAGGUUACUUACUAUGGCGUUGCAUGCCAGGAGCGAACUGUUCAACAAGUUAGUGUUCUCCAUGGCUUGUCCUGGGAAAUACAAUCCGUGGAACGUGCUGGCUGUUACUCAUGAGUGCCACUACGGGGAUUGGGUAUUUCUUUAUUAUAUAGCGAAGAACCUGGACAACUAUAUAUUCAAAGAACUGUUGGUGAAACUUGCCGGUGAUCUGGAAGAAAGACGUCAAACUAUAUACAAUAUGUCCAACGAAGAGAAACCGUUAAACGAUAAAGGGAGUCAAUUUUAACUCGUCUACGCAAAA